UACGUCGAUGGAAAACAACACAAAAAGUGUUCCGAAAGUUUUAAAGUAAAGUGGAUUGAAAAAUCCUUUGCCAAAUCAUUUUCUGCGGCUCUGAUCCAACUUUUAAUCUUUUAUUCAGUAACUUCCGCUGUGAAAUAUAAAAGUUAUUGCUAGUUACGUCGAUGGAUACUAAAAAAAAUACGCAAGGUUUUUUUGACCGUUUUUUUUUAUUUACGAAGAAAGUUCCCAAUGCUUGCACUCAAACCUUAGAGGAUAUGUAGUGAGAUACUUUUUCUUCAAUCCGACGUGCAAGCAGGACCCGAAAAGGUGCAAAUGAAUUUCCGGAAGUUCUUGAAGAACACAUCGUUGUAGAAAUGGAAGAUGGUACUCAUUUUGAAGGAAAAAUCAGCAAAACUGCCUCCGUACCCUACUGGAUGCAGCCUCGAGGAAAUUCAAGGAAAUCUGUGCAAUAUAACGUUUUUAUAAUGAAGUCCGAGGAGGCGUUUUUUAUUUCAAAACUUAAAUGUAUAGAACCUAUAGUUACAUCACCUUCAGCUUCACCACCUGCAGUUUCACUUUCCCUCUCGCUUUCCAUCAAUCAUAAUCAACAUAAUCAAACGGUUAAACAUGAUCUUCGUUAUGGUCCACGGUAUGCUGAAAUACGUUUAGGGGAUCAGCAUUACUCAGCUAUGAAAUUCGGAAUCCACCAGAAAUUAAGAAUUAAUCCAGAGGGAAGAGAUUUAGGUGUUUUCCCAUCCGUAAUGCACGUUUAUAUAUCAUUUCCAACCAUUGAUGAAGUUAUCUAUACUACAAAGUUAAUACCCCAUGUGACUGGACACAGGCUGAUAAAUCAUGGCGGAAUGCUUAAAUUGUGAAAAUGGAGACAUGCUUUUGAUAUUGCGAACAUAUCUCAAGAUAUCCCAUGGACAUUCCAUAAAUUUCCCAAUUA